AUGGAGCUAGUCGUAAAUCCACCCCAACAAGUUUUCGACCAACUGAUUCAUUGGGCAGCUGUGACCCAUGGAUGGGGUCACAUGCCAUACGACUAUCAAUUUUAUGCGAAAGGAUUUGAUGGUUAUUGGUUUAUUUGUAUGGUGGAUCCUAGUAAAGACGACUCUACCAAUUUUGUGGCUGGCGGAAGUUUAGCGCGAUGUACUGAUGGAAAUGGGAACCCAUUGUACUCCAUUGGUCUUUUUUACUGUCAAGAGGAGUAUCGUGGACAAGGAUACGGAAAGCCAGUGUUCAAGGCAAUGAUGGACAUUGUGGGCGAGGAUAAUUGCGUUUUGAUGGCUGCGCCCGAUAUGUCUCAAAAGUACGCCGACAUUUUCGGAUUCAAGGAAAUGCCAGUUUAUUGUCAUAACAAGCUGAUAAUCGUGCCAAGCAAAAUGGACUUUGCUGAAAAAAUUUCGGACGAAUAUAUUACCAAAAAUUGGACUGAAGUAGACCCGGAUCAACUAAACGUCUAUGACAAAUCCGUCUGUUUUAUGGACCGCAAAAAUCGAAUGCAACUUUGGUUUUCACAACACCAAGUUUAUACAAAAGUGGCAUUUGAUUCCAAACAGAACAUUAUGGGGUACUGUACCAUCCGUGUAGUCAAUUUGAAUCGUCUGGUUGUUGACCCAUUUUACGCUGAAAAUCCGGAAGUUGCUGUACAAUUGCUAACAGACGUUUGUAAAAUGAUUCCGGAUUUUGAAACGUUCGAAUUGCUCCUUUUCCGGUUCCCAGCGAUAAAUGAGGGAAUUGAAGUAAUGAUCUCCCAGCUUUGUCCAAUUGGAAGCUUCACAAUCCGCGUAGCUAAUAGAACUCAAUUCACCAGAAAAUUGUUGGAAUCUCGUGAUGAGGUCGUGUAUUCUGUUGCCUGCACAACACAUGGAUUUGUUUGA